GAUCAUAGAUUCAUAAUUUACACACACAGUCUUAAAUGUUACUCCAUCACCAUCAUCAUCAUCAUCAUCGUCAAGAGUUGUGUAGCAUCCCAUCCGAGGGCCUUCCCGUCAUUUCAACGGUCGUAAUUCUUUUACACUCCGCAUCAGAUCCCUCCCCCCUCCGCGAUCCACUUCCAGAUCAGAUGCUCCUCUCCUCCUCGCUUCUCUCUUUCCUCUAGAUCCGCCGCAGUCGCCACCACUCCGCCGCCGAGGACCCCACAUUGGAACGACCGAAGUUGCCCUGCCUCCACCGCGUCCGUUGAAAUUUAGAUUCAACCCCCCUCUCCCCAUUUUCUAACUUCGGGAAUGGCUUCUUCGGAAGCCGAUUCCCGCUUAACCCAAGUUCUAAUCCCGGCGUUCGAUAAGAUCAUCAAGAACGCGUCCUGGCGCAAGCAUUCCAAACUCGCCGCUGAGUGCAAAUCCGUUAUCGAACACCUCAAUUCACCUAACCAAAACCCUACCCCUGCUUCACCCCCUGGCUCACCCUCCGCCCAGUCUGAUCUUGACGGGUCAUCCCAUCCCGGCGUUCUCCUUGAUCUCUCCCUGUCCGAUUCCGAUAUCAUUCUCAGUCCUCUUAUCAAUGCUCUCUCUUCAAACUACAUCAAAGUCGCUGAGCCUGCUCUUGAUGCAGUGCAGAAAUUGAUUGCACAUGGAUAUUUACAUGGUGAAGCGGACCCAAGCGGAGGUCCGGAAGCGAAAUUGCUCUCCAAAUUGAUUGAUUCCUCAUGCAAAUGCCACGAUUUGGGGGAUGAAAAUAUGGAGUUGUUGGUGAUCAAGGCGCUUCUAUCCGCCGUUACUUCAGUGUCGCUGCGAAUACACGGUGAUUGUUUGUUGCAAGUGGUGAAGACUUGUUACGAUAUUUACCUGAGUAGUAAGAAUAUGGUGAAUCAGACCACUGCAAAAGCGUCGUUGGUUCAGAUGUUAGUUAUCGUGUUCCGGAGAAUGGAGGCUGAUUCGUCCACCGUGCCAUUGCAGCCUAUUGUAGUGGCAGAGCUGAUGGAACCAGUGGAGAAGGCGGAUGUGGAUGGUUCCAUGACAAUGUUUGUUCAGGGUUUUAUUACUAGGAUAAUGCAGGAUAUCGAUGGAGUUUUUAGCCCCAGUACGCCCACUGGUGGUGUGGGAUCAGGGGUUGGGGCGCAUGACGGGGCAUUCGAGACUAAGACCUCAACAGUCGAGGGCACGAAUCCAGCAGAUUUAUUGGACUCAACAGAUAAGGAUAUGCUCGAUGCAAAGUACUGGGAGAUCAGCAUGUAUAAGACGGCAUUAGAAGGAAGGAAAGGUGAGUUGGCGGAUGGAGAGGUGGAAAGGGAUGAUGAUUUGGAGGUUCAGAUUGGAAAUAAGUUGAAACGUGAUGCUUUUUUGGUUUUUCGGGCUUUGUGUAAGCUCUCAAUGAAGACUCCACCCAAGGAUGCCGCAGCAGAUCCUCAGGCAAUGAAGGGGAAGAUCGUGGCGCUGGAGUUGCUCAAGAUUCUCUUGGAGAAUGCGGGGGCAAUAUUUAGGACUAGUGAAAGAUUCUUGGAUGCUAUAAAGCAGUACUUGUGUCUGUCACUGUUGAAGAACAGUGCUUCAACCCUUAUGAUUGUUUUCCAGCUUUCUUGCUCAAUAUUUAUAAGUCUGGUAUCACGAUUUAGAGCGGGACUAAAAGCGGAAAUUGGAGUAUUUUUCCCUAUGAUAGUCCUCCGAGUAUUAGAAAAUGUUGCACAACCAAAUUUUCAGCAGAAGAUGACAGUCCUUCGGUUUCUGGAGAAGCUGUGUGUUGAUUCACAGAUCUUGGUGGACAUAUUCCUUAACUAUGACUGUGAUGUUAAUGCUUCAAACAUAUUUGAGCGGAUGGUCAAUGGACUACUUAAAACUGCUCAGGGGGUCCCACCUGGUGUUCCAACUACGCUUCAGCCUCCACAGGAUGUUGCCAUGAAGCUAGAGGCUAUGAAAUGCUUGGUUGCUAUCUUAAAGUGCAUGGGUGACUGGAUGAACAAACAAUUGAGAAUUCCAGAUUCUCACCCCUUGAAGAAAUUUGAUGCUGCUGACAAUAGUUCUGAUUCUGAAACUCCAACUUUGGUAAAUGGCAAUGAAGAUGACACAGUUGCAGGAUCAGAUACUCACUCUGAAGCCUCCAGUGAAGUUUCUGAUGUUUCAAUGCUGGAGCAGCGGCGUGCCUAUAAGCUUGAACUUCAGGAAGGUAUCUCUCUUUUCAACCGGAAACCCAAGAAAGGUAUCGAGUUCCUCAUAAAUGCAAAUAAGGUCGGGAACUCGGCGGAAGAGAUAGCAGCUUUCCUUAAAAAUGCAUCUGGUUUAAAUAAAACUCUGAUUGGUGACUAUUUGGGUGAAAGGGAAGAACUAUCGUUGAAAGUGAUGCAUGCUUAUGUGGAUUCCUUUGAUUUCCAAGGCAUGGAGUUUGACGAGGCGAUCAGGGUCUUCCUUCAGGGCUUUAGACUGCCUGGUGAGGCACAGAAGAUCGAUCGUAUCAUGGAAAAGUUCGCUGAAAGGUACUGCAAAUGUAACCCAAAGGCCUUUACAAGUGCUGACACGGCCUAUGUGCUUGCCUACUCUGUUAUAAUGCUGAACACUGAUGCUCAUAACCCUAUGGUCAAGAACAAGAUGUCAGCAGAAGAUUUUAUAAGGAACAAUCGCGGGAUUGAUGAUGGAAAAGAUCUACCAGAGGAGUACUUGAGGUCAUUGUUUGAACGGAUAUCAAGAAGUGAGAUUAAAAUGAAAGAUGAUAAUCUGUCCAUCCAACAGAAGCAGUCCGUGAACUCGAAUAGAGUUUUGGGUUUAGAUAGUAUACUGAACAUUGUGAUUCGUAAGCGAGGGUACGACAGUAUGGAGACCGGAGAUGACCUCAUGAGACACAUGCAGGAACAGUUCAAAGAAAAAGCUCGCAAGUCAGAGUCAAUUUAUUAUCCUGCUACAGAUGUGGUGAUUCUCAGAUUCAUGGUUGAGGCAUGUUGGGCUCCGAUGCUGGCCGCCUUCAGUGUUCCUCUUGACCAAAGUGAUGAUGAAGUUGUAAUAGCCCUAUGUUUGGAAGGCUUUCGCAGUGCAAUCCAUGUUACUGCAGCAAUGUCAAUGAAAACUCAUCGAGAUGCUUUUGUGACAUCAUUAGCAAAAUUUACUUCACUCCACUCACCUGCAGAUAUUAAACAGAAAAACAUUGAUGCAAUCAAGGCUAUAGUCGCCAUAGCAGAUGAGGAAGGGAAUUAUUUACAGGAUGCCUGGGAACAUAUUUUAACAUGUCUUUCACGGUUUGAACAUUUGCAUCUCCUGGGUGAAGGUGCUCCACCCGAUGCCACUUUCUUUGCACUUCCUCAGAAUGAAUUGGAUAAUUCUAAACAAGCCAGGUCAAAUAUUCUUCCUGUCCUAAGAAAGAAAGGACAUGGGAAGAUUCACAAUGCAGCUUCUGCUGUGAGGCGGGGUUCAUAUGAUAGUGCUGGAAUCGGCGGUAAUGUGGCUGCUGGAAUUACAUCUGAACAGAUGAAUAACUUGGUCUCUAACCUAAACAUGUUGGAACAAGUUGGUGAAGUAAACCGCAUAUUCAUACGGAGCCAAAAGCUAAACAGUGAGGCAAUAAUUGAUUUUGUCAAGGCUCUUUGCAAGGUAUCAAUGGAUGAACUGCGAUCUACAUCUGAUCCACGGGUUUUCAGCCUUACAAAGAUAGUUGAGAUUGCGCACUACAACAUGAACCGCAUUAGGCUUGUCUGGUCAAAAAUUUGGCAAGUACUCUCUGAUUUUUUCGCCACCAUUGGCUGUUCAGAAAACCUGUCAAUUGCAAUAUUUGCAAUGGACUCUUUACGCCAGUUAUCAAUGAAAUUCUUGGAGAGAGAAGAGUUGGCUAAUUAUAACUUUCAGAAUGAGUUUAUGAAGCCUUUUGUAAUAGUGAUGCGCAAGAGUAGUGCUGUUGAAAUCAGAGAAUUGAUUAUCAGGUGUGUUUCUCAGAUGGUGUUAUCUCGUGUGAAUAACAUUAAGUCUGGAUGGAAGAGCAUGUUCAUGGUCUUCACGACAGCUGCUUAUGACGACCAUAAGAAUAUUGUCCUCCUGGCCUUCGAAAUAAUUGAGAAGAUUGUGCGUGAUUAUUUCCCAUACAUCACCGAAACUGAAACUACCACUUUCACUGACUGCGUGAAUUGUCUUAUUGCAUUCACCAAUACUAGAUUCAACAAAGAAAUAAGUCUUAAUGCAAUUGGUUUCUUAAAGUUUUGUGCUUCGAAACUUGCUGAAGGAGAUCUGGGCAAGGAAACUUCUGAAAAGGUUUCUCCAUCUUCACCUCAGAAAGGAAAAGAAAUAAAAGUUGACAAUGGGGAACCCACAGAAAAGGUGGACCAUCUCUAUUUAUGGUUUCCUUUGUUGGCAGGUUUGUCGGAACUGAGCUUUGAUCCAAGGCCUGAAAUUAGGAAGAGUGCCCUACAACUGCUCUUUGAUACUUUACGCAACUACGGCCAACAUUUUUCGUUAGCCUUGUGGGAAAAGGUGUUUGAAUCUGUCCUGUUUAGAAUCUUUGAUGAUGCUCGACGCGCUGUUGAUCCAUCCGACAACUCCCCAAGGCGUGUACCUAAUGGUGACAUUGAGGAACUUGAUGAAGAUGCAUGGCUGUAUGAGACAUGCACGUUGGCUCUACAACUAGUUGUCGAUCUUUUUGUUAAUUUCUAUGACACUGUCAAUCCCCUUCUGAGGAAAGUGCUGAUGCUAUUGGUUAGUUUUAUCAAACGUCCUCACCAAAGCCUUGCUGGUAUUGGUAUUGCUGCUUUUGUUCGCUUGAUGAGCAAUGCUGGGGAGUUAUUUCCUGAAGACAAGUGGUUUGAGGUGGUUUCAUCCCUCAGAGAAGCAGCCAAGGAAACGCUUCCUGAUUUUUCCUUUGUACUCGAUGAAGAUGGUCAAAUCUGGGCCCAGGAAGAAGAUAUGAACGGAAAUAAUCAUGAUGAAUCUGCUGAGACAAUAACCUCCAAUGAUGAUUCAGAUAAUAACUUGAGGCGACAUCGCCUGUAUGCUGCUAUAUCUGAUGUCAAGUGCCGAGCUGCCAUUCAGCUUUUACUAAUACAGGCUGUAAUGGAGAUCUAUAGCAUGUAUCGAGCUCAAUUAUCAGUGAAGAACACUGUUAUCCUCUUCGAUGCAGUGCGAGCUGUGGCAUUUCACGCUCACAAGAUAAAUAGUGAUUCAGCACUACGUCCAAAGCUACAAGAACUUGGGUCCAUGACGCAAAUGCAGGAUCCGCCUCUCCUUCGCCUUGAGAAUGAAUCUUAUCAAAUUUGUCUUACAUUACUACAGAAUCUUGUACUUGAUAGACCUCCUAGUUAUGAUGAGUCGGAAGUAGAGUCUUACCUUGUCAACCUUUGCCAAGAGGUGUUGCAAUUCUACAUUGAUGUUGCAUACACAGGGCAGAUUCCUGACUCCUCAUCUGUUGAUGGGCGGCCCCACUGGAUGAUACCUGUAGGUUCUGGAAGACGGAGAGAAUUGGCUGCACGAGCACCUCUUAUUGUUGCAACUCUACAGGCUAUAUGUAGCUUAGGAGAUUCUUCGUUUGAGAAGAACUUGUCUUGCUUCUUGCCCUUGCUUUCGACCUUGAUAAGUUGUGAGCAUGGGUCAAAUGAGGUUCAAGUAGCCCUAAGUGAUAUGCUCAACUCAUCAGUAGGUCCAGUUUUGCUACGGUCAUGUUGAUCUCUGACCUACACGUUAAUUGAGAUGUAUGAUAAUAUUUGUUGAGUUUCUUCAAAAUUUUCUUUACAAUUUCUGCAGAAGUAUAGGCUUAUAGUGUUGGGGUAGUCGGUGAUGGUUCUAUUGCCCAGUGCUUUAGAAACCUAUAGUAGUUUACUCAGGAUUUUGCAUUUAGAAUGGCCAGUCCAUGUUGUAUGUUUGGAAUGUGCUUUUGAAUGUUAGAACAGUUUUGUACCAGAAAAAAAUUGUUGAUUCAGCAAUAUACUUGGACUUGCUACCAUUUUGUUGA